GAGAAAUCUGACUUUAAAUAGCAGAAUUUUGCUCCGAUACAAGGGGAGAGCAGUACUAACUGUGAGAAUAUUGUUCUGUCUCACCUCUUCGUGCAGCAUUCUCUCUCUCUCUCUCUCUCUCUCUCUCUCUCUCUCUCUCUCUCUCUCUCUCUCUCUCUCUCUCUGUCACUCUCCCUCCCGCCUCUCUCAUUUUUUUCUCUCCCCUCCCUCCUUCUGUCUCUCGCUCUCUGUUUCCUGUCAUUUUUUUAACUUCUCACUGGACGAAGCCCAGGAACCAGAAGAAAACACAUAGGCAUCUCCUACCAGCUGAGAUCCAGUGCUCCUCUCAUUCUCUCUACCUGCCUGGCUCCAACCCACCUCCACCAUCCAAAUCCUACUACUGGGAAUCCUGAGCUCCGUCUGACUCUCGUCUUUUUUUGCCCCAGGCACAUUAUUUUUGGCUCAUAUUUAUAUCCAAUAAAAGCCUAUAGCCCACUUUAAUAGUCACUGGAUGACAUCCAAGGGGCCCAACAAGAUGAUGGUUGUCCAUCCAACUUAUGUCACAUCUUUCCAGGAUGCCGUAAUCUUUUUGAGAAGGAAUCCGGGUCAUAUAUGGUUUCAAAUCCUAUUCCUGUUUGUGGAUCUGGUGUAUAUGGAUCUCUAAGUCAUGUUGGUAUCCAGGAAUUUGUUCUGUCCAAUCAAUUCUUCUCCCAGUCCUACUGGAUAUUGAACCUCUAACUGAUCUACUUGUACAGCCCUGGCCUGCAAAGCUGCCAUUGUCAUUUAUUCCAAUUUACGGCAACCAUGGAAUUAGUCGAUUUAAUGGGAUUUAAAUAUCAUUUUGAAAGCCAAAUGUUUGGAACUGACACAGAUUUUGGACAGAUUUAUCACAGUUGGAAAGAGUAAAGAAGAAUUAACUUGUAGAGAAGGAAAUUGACAAUGACUCGCUGGCGUAAAAGAGGAGCCGGGAAACGCACUCUGCUCCUACUUAUCCUCUUGGCUCUGGUACUAGGGGGCACAGCGCUCUGCUUAGCCUUUGUCAACCUGUUACUGACCACCACAGAAUGGGGCAAGAGUCUACACCAUGGACAGGUGCUAUUGCAUCAGGAUUUAUCCCGCCAACAGCUGGACGCUGAGACUCAGAUCUAUUAUCAGAAUGUGUGGGAGAAGCAGCAGUAUCUGUAUCAGAAGCUGAGGGAAAAGAGCCGGCCCAGACGUGCAGCAAAGGACAAGAAGAAACGUAAACCACUGCUGUAUGCAGCUCAUUUUGAAGUCAGAUCACCCAAAGGAUCAGGUCAGACACAGAUGGAUGCAGACAAAAAUGGUACAAUCCUGCAUUGGGUUGAGGUUCCUCUGAAUUCCAGCAGCCCAAUCAAGUAUGAUGGCAAGAGGGGUGAGUUCAUCGUGAACCAGAGAGGACUGUACUAUCUAUAUUGUCAGGUUCACUUCAAUGAGGCCAGAAGUGUCUACAUAAAGCUCGACAUCCUUCUAGAUGGUUCUUUGAUCUUUCGUUGCCUGCAGGAAUUCUCCACCACUGCUGCCAGCAUCCAUGAUCCAAAGGUGAAAACUUGCGCUGUGUCAGGCCUUCUCUCCUUGCGCCCCAACGCAUCUCUCCGUCUCCGCACUAUCCCAGAUGCAAGUCUUAGAGUCGACCGAUUCCUGACCUACUUUGGACUCUUCCAGGUCUGGGACAUGAGCACCCAGACCCCACGUAUUACUGACACAACUUUCUUUUCCUUCAUUCUCUCGUUCUGUUCAUCGAUCCCUUCAUUCUUCUGGAUUCUGCUGUCCCCCCCUCGACUUGCCAACUUGCUUUACCCUUUGCAGCAACUGCUGAGCAUUGAGAUUCAUUGGCUGCCAAAAGACGAAAAAGCCGAAGCUGGAAUCCUGAUGUCCCACAUGGUGACUUGUGAAUCUGUUAGCCUGGCACGGGGACUCUGGGGGGGCACAGGAGCCUGGCUGGGGGUCCUCGUUUGCUUCAUUGCUCUGAUGUGCCAGUCAAUCCACAUUGGCAACCUCCAGGUGGAGCUCUCCUUGAUGAGGAAAACUCAAGAGGAACCGAGGCCGGAGGUGAAAAAGCAGCACAAUACAAAGGAAGAAGGCCUGUCAAUUUGCCUCAGACAGAAGAGAGACCUCACAAAAGCCAGGAGGUCAAGACAUCACGGAAGUCAUUCGUAUGUUCACCUGGUGCCUGAUCGUUUCUUUACUAAUGAGGCACUGGAUUCCACCAUCAUCUCCUGGAAAGUGUCUAUGAAGGAAGGGCGAGCUUUUCAGGCUCGAGAUGCUAAUGUGACAGUGAUAAAUUCUGGGAUAUACUUAGUAUAUAGCCAGGUUCUGUACAAUGAUUCCAGAUUCACGAUGGGACACUUGAUAACACGUGACGGGGUCUUUGUAGGAGAGGAGGUGCUACUACGCUGUGUGCAAAACAUGCCGCCCAACCAGAGCUUGGCGUAUAACACCUGUUACAGUGCUGGAGUUUUCCGCCUCCAAAAGGGGGAUUCCAUUAGCCUUCUCAUACCAAGAUCAAAUGCCAAUCUGGACGCCAGAGGAGAAGCCACCUUCCUUGGUCUUGUCAGGCUUUAAAUAGUAUAAAGUGUCUGGCACUUUGACUGUCCAUUUCCCUGAGAAGAGUGGAGAGUACCUCUGCAAGCGGCUCUUUGUGCCCUAAAGCCAAUCCAUUAUAAACUGAGCAGUAGCAAAAUCCCAGAACUGAUCAACACAAGAGACUUAAGUCCAUGUUGUGCACCAUUUUAGUAUUCAGUAUUGCCUGCGACUCCUAUUACAAAGGUGGUACCACGCUGAGAUCUGCAAUGGCUGAGGAAAAAUUGCUUUGCAUCCAGGAGGUCCAGUCUAGAAGAACACAUGGAUGGAGAAGGACAAUGAUUAUGUGAAACCUCUGUAGCCCACUGUGUAAGAGGAUGAAAGCAACAGCCCGGUAGAGACAGACUACUCCUUUAUCACACCUCUUGGAUCUAGAAUAGGAAGCAACUCAACUAACCAAUGGGAUAAGCAGGGUAUCAUAAUGUGCAAGGACCAUAGCCGGCUGGGAGUGGUGAGAAUGGAUGAGAGAAGAUGAGAUAGAAGUGCAUUUUAUGGGGGAAACACAACUAAUAUUAUUCUACUUUAUUAUAUUGGUUUAUUUUUCAUGUAUUGUAAAUAUAUGACCAUCACAAGCCUUGUAUUCACCCCAAUAAAUCUAUUUUGGACAUUCA